AUGGGCUGUAGUCAAUCGACACGUAUUGAGCCCGAAGCUUUAACACCAGAAGAUUCAAGAACAAUAAGAGAAACAUGGAAAUUACUGGGCAAAGAAGCAUACGGAGAGUUUGGAACAAGACUUAUGUUAAGGAUAUUUCAAAAACAUCCUGAUAUUAAAGCUUUAUGGCAAACACCUCGGGCUAUGAAUAAUGCACCAACAACCGUAAAUAAUGACAAUGAUGAUGGUCAACCAAAAUCAGAAAAUCGUUGGAAAAUGGAUUUAAGAAAUCAUGGUAGUAAAUUUUUUAUAUCAAUUGAAGAAUUAAUUACACAUAUAGAUAAUCCAGAAGAUUUAUUUCGACAUUUGGAACAAAUUGGUGCUAGACACAAAACAUAUGGUGUUAAAACCGAACAUAUUCAAGCAGUUGUAGAAGGAUUUAAUCAUACGAUGGAAUUUGGAUUAAAAGAUAAAUGGACCGACAAUCGUCAAAAAGCAUUUGGUCGUCUAAUAAAUAUAAUAGUUGCACGAAUAAAUAGAGCGAUCGACGGUAAAACUGAUGAUAAAUAA